AGUUAACCAGAAACCCACAAUAACAAGACUUGACAGGUAGCAGGAUGAUCAAAUACACACGUUUAAACUACCGCAACCCUUCCCUAGAGAAAGCAACAGCUGAUUGACGGAUUACGGGACGUGUUAACGAUGAGUCGGUGAAUGCUGUAGCACAACAACACCUGCUAAUGCUAAUGCUAACUGUGGAUGAUAUGUCAACUAACGCUACCGUCAGCGAGCUACAAAGCCGCUAACCCGGACUGUCACGGACUAAUUUGUGUUAGGAAACAGCCACGGCACCUUGUACGAGACGUGUGAUAUCAACACAUACAAGGUGGACACCUAGUGAGAAAUGGCAGAGGGAGGCUUUGACCCUUGUGAGUGCAUCUGCACCCAUGAGUAUGCUAUGAGACGUCUCAUCAACCUGCUCAGGCAAUCUCAGUCCUACUGCACAGACACAGACUGCCCUCAGGAAUUGCCAGGUCCUAGUGGUCCAGUUGGUGGAGGAGGUGAUCUGACGCUCCCCAUGGUUGUGAUGGGAUGGAUGGUGCUUGCUCUGCUCCUGUUCCUGUUGCGCCCAUCCAGUCUCAGGGGUCCCCGUCCCACAGGCAAACCUCCUGGACCGCACAACAGAGGGGGAAGAGAGCCUCCAGCACCACCUGUUGACUAGCAACGGAGCCAGAGAGCCAGCAUUCACACACCUGCUCUGACUGGAGCUGCACAGUUAGCUCUUUACUGUGACCAGGACGGUGCCAUCUCCCUGUCAAACUCCAUUCAAAUUUCUUUUGCUUUUUUUCCCUUUUCUAAUGCCAUUAUGUUUUUGGGUGGACCUAUCUAUGAUUUCUGUUACUAGAGCCCAACUGAUGCUGGAUCAGUGAGCCCAAUACAGAUAUAAUUAACAGUUAUAAAAAAAAGUUCAAUUUCUUUCUUUUGUUGCAUAAACAUACAACAUAAACAAAACCUUUUGAUUAGGAAAUGCAAUGGGGAGGGGGUAGCGGAGAGUUUAAAUGUCCUGUUGCGGUGGUUGCUGAGUGACGAGGCGGGGUGGGUUCAUCAGACUCUGAAACAUUCCACUCUUUCCACUUUUACAACAGUGCCAGUAAUGAUGUCAUAUCACAUAAUGUCACAUAUUUAAAACCAGCUGAGCAAUUACAUGUAACGAAUUUAUAUGGUUAAAUUCAAUUCUGAAUUAGGAUUUGGUGUACAGUAACACGGCAUAGGGGGUUUUAAUGCAGUGAAUUUAUCUUCUGUGUUUACAUCCAGGCCUCAGUUAGAUUACAUACUCGCCCCCUGCCAGCAAAUAGUCCGGUCCUCUUAUAUUAACUCUGCGUCUCUCCCUUUAUGUAACAGUGGGUUUGGUUACUGUAGUAACAGAUCUGACAGAUCUUUUAAGAGUCUGUUUAGAGGUUUUAGACAAUUUGACAGUUGAAUGCUCACAUUUCGACUGUGCGUCGUCAUUGUAAAACAAUAUAUUCCGUAUAAGCAAAAUAAGUUUUAAUCAUGUUGAGAUGAUUCCGUGUACUGUAAUUGUUUUGUAGUUAAAAGACGAAAAUGUAUACUGACGUAUUCGUAGCCGAGAAUCAUAUUUUAUUAGCACUUUUAUUGUGGUAUGUUGGCUCCUUUUUUUUUUUUUUUUUUUUUUGAGGGUGUAUUGUAUUGAUUCAGCUGUCUAAAUGAUGGCCUGGUGGAGAUGAGGGCAUGUUCUUACUACUUAUUGAGAAUCAUAGCAGUCUGAUAUUAAUGGCAGCAAUCAAAGUUUCUUCGUCACAACUUCUGUGUGAUGCUGUUCCAAACCAAUGAAAAGGAACGGUGCAGACGAAACAUGUACAACCAAACAGGUACAUUUUCAAAACAGUGCCAAUGUGAAUUUAUAGUUCUGAUCUCGAUGAUCAUUUGUAGAACAACCUCUUGUGAAAGAACAGCAAUAUUUAUCGUCAUUUUUAUUUUAAAUUUGUAAUGUGAAGAAGACGAGGGAAUGAUCUCCUUGUUUUCUUAUUACUGUGGUUUAUAAUAGAGGGUUCUUUUCUUUAUAUCUAAAUCAUUUUACAAGAGGUUUAUCAGCUAGAUUAAAGGUUUAAAUGCAACUGAUGAACAGAAACAAUAGAAACCAACCCCUAAUGCUGACAAGGUUUUAUUCCUUAACCGUGUAUGUAAAUGUGGGUAGGUGUGUAUAACACAGCACAACAGCAACACAAACUCCAGCCUCAAAGUGACUGAGAAAAAAUCAACCCAGCUUUGAUCAAAUCUCAAGAAAAUAGGAACAUUAUAAUAAAUGGUAUGUCUAUUGAUGGUUACUGGAUUGCAGUACAUGGUAGUGGGUUUCCUGAGUUGCUAGUACUGACUGUAUCUUUGUCAUGCCCCUAUCAUGGAAACAUGGCUUUUAAAGUGUAUCUGGGCCUUGUUUAUAUUCCAGGGUACCUGUAAUAUCAGAAAUUACAUGGAUUAGUCUUAAAAUUGAAGGGUCUUUUUUUUGAAUACUUUGUGUAAGAACAUGGAGAUGAUCUGUAACAACUGUGGGUGUGAGUUCAUCCCAACAGUCUUCAGUAGCUGGCUCGUUUCCAUAUCAACGAAUGUUCUGAGAUUUUUGUUUACUAUAUCGUUGUAGACUUGCUCGGGAGAUGGCAGGGAAGAGUUAUAAAGGAGAAAGUUAAGCAAACCAUAUGUAGUUGCGUAUAAUUAACUGGGAUGCCGUACUAGAUUGUUGAGAUGAACUAGUGGACUAUCUGGCACCACAGGAGACCUUGAUUUACACUGUUUCUGUCUCAGAGAAAAAGGGCUUCAACUAUGCACUUUUCCUAUAACAAAACAAAAAAUAAAAAUAAUUCAGUCUUA